AUGGCUAUAAAUAAAAGCUUCUGCCCUGGGAAUAUCCCUAUUGCCAUCCAAAGGUUUCGAAAUGACGAUGAGCUUGCUCGGUUCAAGUUCAAUACUCUUACGCAACCACUAUCCGGCGGCCACUGUCAAAUCUACAGGCUCGGAUUCUCCGACAAUGUCGACUGGGCCGUUCGAAUACCAAUACACCUAAGCUCCUAUUCUAAGGAGGAAAUCGUCUCCGUUCUUAUGACAGAAAUCGAAACCCUCAAACAUCUAGAGGAUUGCCAAUUCCCAUGGUCACCGAAAUUAAUAGGCUAUGACAUGACAUUUGACAACGCUGUUGGGUUUCCAUUUCUCGUUUUAACCUGGAUCCCAGGCGAGCCUUUAAGUUGGACAGCGAUAACCCCGAAGAAACGAGUGGAUCGCGAGAGGGUUCUCGACCAGAUUGCGAAGAUUAUGGUAUCUCUCAUAUCAUGUACACGCAGAGAUGGUGACUCGGCAUUGGAGUACUUCACGAAUAAGAUCGACCAGAAAAUCAUUCGAAUAUGUCAAGGCCGCCUUCCCGAACUCGAAGUCAACCAUUGCCUCCUUUUGAAACGCAUACUCCCAGAGGUCCUACACCCGGAACUAGAUAAUGCUCCGUCGUUCAUCGACCAUGGCGACCUUUCAGCUGGAAAUAUUAUUGUGGACCCGGAGUACAACAUCAAAGGGAUUAUCGACUGGGGCUUCGCUAGUUAUCAACCUUUUCAGCUUGCUGCUAAAAGACCGAGCGAACUUUCUGAAGGCAUUGCAGCAGGAAUUGCCGAACUCUUCAGUUAUCGUGCCCCUGCUACUGAGACUAUAUUCGGCGCCAGACGUCGAUUACAGAAGGCUUGUUCUAGAAGCGAUUCAUAUGUGGGUAGCGGUGCCGUAUGCAAGGAGCGGUGCCAUAUGCAAGAAGCGGUGCAAGCUGAAGGCGGCGCAAUGGUAGAUGCCGUCCAGAAUCAAGCUAUAUAUAUGGACUCACUCUCCGGGUUUAAAUUCGCAUACCUGCUUUCUUACCACAAGCCAGCCAAAAUGUUAGUUGGAGACUAUAUGCCUGGGCACUUUCAAGCCCUUCCCACCCUCGAGGCCGCACGUGCAAAGUUCAGAGCUAUCAACGGUGAUGAGCUUGUAAAGGGUGUUUUUCGGCCCUUUUUUGUUGAUGGUGGAAUGGAAAAGAGACUUGGCCUGACUAUCCUCCAUCGCCAUUUUGACUUGAAUGCCGAUGAGAGGCUUGUCGACUACAACGGAACCUCUCUUCCUUGGCCUGCGGCUCCCACCCAGGGGAUAGAGGAACCCUAUGCGUCCAUCUGGUCAAAGGCCGCCGACGGCACAUUCCGGCCUACCGAGUAUCGUUAUUCUCAGAACCAUAAGGCGGCGGCAAUCGGCCCGGCAGAGCUCAGUUUUAUGGAAGAGUUCGAUAAGCUCCUUCAACAUCACGACGCAUCGGACCUCUUCGGCCUUUGUCUCUAUCCAGGAGAUGACUUCGAAGGCUCCUGUGAGAUUACCGUGGGUCGAGCUAACAUCAAUUUGAAACCGGCAGAUUAUCCUAGCGACCUCCAGGUAGUGGACACCACGUGGUUCUUCUCUGCACCACUGUGGACUCAAGCAGAAGGGAAACAGGAACUCGUUCUUAUUGUGGUCUGGGCGAAGGAGUUAGGAGGCGUUUAUGACGCGGAGGAGCUCGCGUCUAAGAUGGGAUACUCUGAUUCGAAUGCUGACAAUCGAAAGCCAAGGAAUCAUCGUGAUGAAUAUCUAGUGGAUCGUGGAAUUGGAGAUGAGUAUCGCGUCUUAGCUGUUUUUGAGGGUGGUGGCCCCGACUCCGUUGUGACGUUUGAAUGCUCCUCUUACAGGAUUAAAACGACACUCCCUAACGGCUACUUUACUGGAAGAGACGGAGAGAGUCCAUUGGAGAAAAUUGGGAACGAGAUUUAUCGUCAUACGGGCGUGCGCGACGACUCUCUCCGCGAUUAUCUUGUGCAGUCUGUGGCACGAACACCGUCUUUAUGGUAUUUGGUGGGGAGUUGA